AUGGUAUCAGACAUGCAAUGUUACAGUAAUUUUACAGAAUUUCUGCUCCUUGGUUUUUCUGACCUUCAUUAUAACCAUCAAAUGUCUAUCUUCAUGUUCUUCUGCUCAGCGUAUAUAUUCACUCUAUUGGGCAAUGGCCUGAUUAUUAUAACAGUUACACAAAACUCUCAUCUACACACCCCAAUGUAUUUCUUCUUAAUGAACCUAUCAUUCCUUGAGGUUUGCGCCAUUACAGCCACUGUUCCCAAAGCGAUGCAGAGCUUCAUGUUUGAGAGAAAGUCCAUAUCUGUGUUGGGUUGUGCCUUCCAGAUGCUGUCAUUCAUUUUAAUGGGUGCAUCUGAGUGCCUUUUUCUUGCAGUGAUGGCGUUUGAUAGGUAUAUGGCCAUCUGUAACCCUUUAAGAUACAUGACUGUGAUGAGCCACAAAAUGUGUUUCCAAUUAACAAGUGUAUCUUGGGUGGUUGGAUGUUUUGUUUCUUUUGGAGUUACAGGUUCUACAUUCAGUGUUCCCUGUUGUAAUUCCAACCACAUUCUCCAUUUCUUUUGUGACAUCACUCCAGUGCUUAACCUUGCCUGUGUCAAUACAUUUAAAAAUGAACUGUCUGUUUUUAUCAUGUGCACCCUAGUGGUCGUAUUCCCCUUUCUAGCUAUAUUGUGUUCUUACAUUAACAUACUGUACUCUAUAAAUCUCAUUCACUCUUUAGAGGGCCGUCACAAAGCCUUUUCUACAUGUGGAUCCCACUUGGUUUCUGUAAUUCUUUUCUAUGGCACAGCCAUAAUUAUUCAUUUCAGGUUAGGCUCUCAAGGUUCUACUGACAAUGAUAGGAUGAUUGCACUUGUGUAUUGUGUCCUAAUACCAGCCAUAAACCCUUUGAUCUACAGUUUGAGAAACAAAGAAAUGAAACAAUCAUUGAAAAAACGAUUGCGUUAUAAAAGCUGA